UAGUAAUACAUGCGGUAGUGGUUAUUAGGCUCCAUUUUGUGUAUAUUACUUUCCAUAUAUCGGACAAAUGGCGAAACAAAAACCACGGAUUUAAUCACAUUUUUGGAAUAUAGAUGGACGCACCGUCCAUAAUAACUCAAGUGUCACGAGAUGACGAGCAAUUACACACAUUUCCUUCGACGGAAAAAGGGUCGACGACGGUGAACAACAAGAAGCGGAACCGUGGUAUCCUCAGCUCGUUCUUUUGUUGCUUCGGUAACAAGAACAAUAACUCAAACUCAAGUGCCUACACGCCGUCAGUGCGAGAAGAGAAUGGGAACCCAGGAGAGGUUAUUCGAAACCCAAAUGAAAAAUACCUGUUGCCACCCAUACGACCGCAGGAUUCCAGCAAAAAAUGUGUUGUGAUAGAUUUAGAUGAAACCCUUGUACAUAGCUCAUUUAAGCCAAUCAGCAAUGCAGAUUUCAUAGUACCUGUAGAGAUAGAUGGUACGGUACACCAAGUGUAUGUUCUAAAGCGGCCGUUUGUGGAUGAGUUCUUAAAGAAAAUGGGUGAACUGUUUGAAUGUGUACUGUUUACAGCUAGUCUUGCGAAGUAUGCAGAUCCGGUUGCCGAUCUGUUGGACAAGUGGGGGGUAUUUCGGGCCAGACUCUUCAGGGAAUCCUGUGUCUUUCAUCGGGGAAACUACGUUAAAGACUUGAGUCGUCUGGGAAGAGAGCUGAGUCAAGUGAUCAUUAUUGACAACUCUCCCGCUUCCUAUAUCUUCCAUCCAGAUAAUGCUGUACCGUGUCAGUCCUGGUUCGAUGACAUGCAGGAUACGGAGUUACUGGACUUGAUACCGUUUUUUGAAGGACUCGCAAAAGUUGAUGACGUUUACUCCGUGUUACGAAACACGAAUAGUACUGACUCUUCCUAGUAGAGGCUAUGUGGUGUACUACGGGUAUAUGGUGUUAGGCUUGGACCGUCUAGGGCAUGAAAAAAUGUGUGUUUACCGUUUUUUACCAGUCUUGUAUGUGUACUGGGUUUUUACCAGUUUUGUGUUGGUUUUACCAGUAAUUGAGACUGGUUUUUACCAGUGUGAAGUUUUUACUGGUAAAUGAUAAGCAUGUUUUUACCAGCCCCUAUGAAUUCCCAAACAGAAGCCUGGAAUAGUUAUUGAAGGUUUUAAAGAUAAAGAACAUAAAAAAAUGGUUCUGCUUAAGCUUGUGAAUUAUCCUAGUAUCCUAUAAAUAAGCCUUAAGCACAUGUAAGUAUAUUUAGCUCAAUUUUAUUGAAAGAGUUAAAUCAUAAGGAAAAAAAACAAGAAGAUAAAAACAGAAAAUUGUAAUUCAACCUGAAGUAUUAAUCGUCUUUGGAGAGGCAUCUACGUGAUUGAAAGUUUCCUUCUCAUCGACAAUGCAGAAGUUUUCAAGCCUGAUUCAGAAUGGAAUCCUUCACAACAACCCGUGGAAAUAUGACUGCAAUGAAACUGCCUGUUCCUAGAUGGAAAACCUGCUCGCAGUGAUCUUAGUGACACUAAAGACAAGAAAUUUAAAGUGCAUUAAUUUGUUAUUGUACAGGUGAAAUGUUGUUACUUAACUGCAUAGAUAUUCUAAAAACCUGUCUUCAGAUUUUUAGAACUAUUUUGGAAUUGUGAAUGCUGGUCUCUGGAUCAUGAGUUUGGGAGAGUAAAGCUGAUUCAGAAAACAUCGAAAGCUCACAUAUGCUGGCAUUUAGUAUGUUAGUUUAAGUUUAUUUAAUGUCUGUCUUUAAGUGGGAAUUUGUAAUUUAUGUAGGUCAAAGUAUUGCUCAGGAAUUGAGUUUUAUUAAAUUUUGGAAAUGUAAUCAUAAAUUUCAGUCAUUUGGAAUUUACAAAGGAAAGCGCUACUGGUAGGGAAACUUAUGAAAAUCAUGUUUUUUUAAGAAAUAAAUAUAUUAAUGAAUAAACAUGAACUUAUAUGAAUAAACAUACAAGGAACAUCAUGCUUUAACCACACUGUACACCAAAACUAAAUAUCAACAUUAUUCAGUAUUUUUGAUAUCGGAAGAGUUCAUCUCUGUUAUAUAGGACAUACAUAAAACUAUCAAUCAUUGAAGUUCUUUCAUAGAAGAAAUGUAAAAAUUUGUCACAAAUGUUUUCGAUCAUUUGUUUUGCGCAUAUACAGAAACUUAUUUAAAAGAGUCUUUUGGCCUUAGAAAUAAAACGUGUCUUAAUCAUUGAUAUCAACAUUCAACUUUAAGAAACCGCUCAAUUAGAGUCAGGCUUUUCAAGUAUCCUUUUUAAUAUGGCCUAGGAUUAUUAAAUAUACCAGCGUUUUCUUAUAAAGUAAAAAGUGAAAUAUAAUAAAAUUAAUCAAUAGAUAGCACAAUGUAUGUAUUACUGGGCAUUGUUGUCAAGGGACUAAUGAUAAAGAUAAAGGUUAAAUUGUUGGGGUUGGGUGAAAUUGUCCUAUAUAUACACCCCUGCUUUCAGAUAAGACCUAGUUGGUAUGCAGAAACACUACAACCAUGUAAUAUGUAUCCAGCAUUAUAAUAUGCAAAUCAGAGCAUCAGUCAUGUCAUGUGACACUGUCAUGUGACUGUUUGGUCAUGUGACCAAACUUCUUCUGCUCAAUAUUUACUCUGUUAUGUUAGAAAUCAUCAUAUUUAGAGAAGAUGGCAUACGCUGUAUUUAUCUCCCCUUUUUUCAGAUUUUUAAAUGAUGGAACAGUUCCAAAUACAUUUUGUUAAUAUGUUUCAUCCUUUUAAUAAUGUGUGUAUUGUUCAUAGUAAUACAUGUAGUGCUUAUAUUUUACUAGCAAAGACAGAACUUUAUAUUGAAUGUACAUAACCGAAUGUAUUUUAUGUUGCUUUAUAACGCAACUUCCUAAGUCGAAUGCUGCUGUUUCAUACAUGGAAUAGUAUACAAAAAAAUGGAAAGGACCUCGGACACUAUCUGUCCAUCUGAACUGGCUUAUCAUGAUUAUGAAAGAUGAACUUGCACAAUAUUAUGCUCUGUAACCCUUAAGCUAAUAGCUUAGUUACAUAUGAAAAAGAAACAAAGUUUUCCUAGAGCGAUUCAAAACUUAAGUCUUGUAAAAUAUUCAGAAUAACUUAAAUAUGUUUAUGGUAAUUCUAACAGAUAUGUUUCACAAUAGGUAUAUAUAUAAGAUUUAUUUGAAUAUGGUGGAAUGACAACAACGCUAAAAUUGCACACAUGUAUGGAUGGAACAUGAAUACAGAUGUUUUUAAAUAAAUUUUAGCAUACUUGAGCUUAAUUAUUGAAUAAUUGGUCAACGGAAAAGCCAGGAUUCACAUAGAUAAUGUCCAAGUUCCUUAAUAUUGUUUUUGUAUGGUACUGCACUUACAUUCAGAUAAAGUUUUGCAGCCAUAAUUUCGGGGGUUAAUCGCAGAAAGUAGCAAUGGACAUUAAAAUAUAGAAAGAUUUGAUACCUUCUGUUAUUAACUCUACAAAUUAACUGGCUUUUGAAAGAAACUUACAUCUGAAAAGUCUCAAUUGAAGACAUACUAAUUCAUUUCAAAUACUUGUUGUGGUUUCCAUUAAAACAUGUAUUAAAAGAUCUCAUUUUAUAAAGAAAAACAAACAAGAGGAAUUUUCUAUUGAAUUGUUAAGGUAACUUUUUACUCUAGGCCUGACACUACCAACACAAUAUAAGAUGACAGUAAUCAGUUGCUCAUUAGAAAGGAAAUCCACUAAAUCUAUAUUUCUCUAUAUACAUUGUAUAAAAAGUAUAUAAUUGACGCUCGCUUUCUUUACUCACUUUUUGGUACACCAGUUUGUAUUCUUUACUGCACACAGGUUUUGAUUUAUACAGUAUUCUGGAGAUGUAACUCCUCCUAUAUGACUUAGCUUGGUUGGAGUGUUAUCUAUGUAUGUAUAUAUUGGAAGUACUGCCUUGUUAUUGACCACGUUGAAAUUAAAUCAUUCACUUAGGAAGAAAAAAAUAUCAAAGUGUUGACAUAGCGGCUUAGCCUUUGUCGCUUGCAGCAUCCUAUUGCAAACUUUAUGUUUUGCCAUCUCAAAAAUCGUUCAUGGUAUUCAGAUUUAACUUGGUUCACAUGUUGCCAGAGAUAAUAGGCACAUGUAUAGCAUGGGCCUUAACUCUUGAAAAUUUAAGAGUUAUGCCCCUUUUUCGACUAAAAUACAACAACAAGAAAAUGAUGAGUGUUUGCUCCAAAGCACUAAUGUUAUACAUGUGUACAGUGGAACUAGACAUUCAACACAGUUUAUGGAUUGUAAUAAUUAUUGCAAAGUUAACUUGCAGUUACUUAAAACAGUAGACUAUUAUUCACACAUGAAUUGUGUUUCACAGCUGUAACAUUAUGAGACAAUUUCCAUUAAAAUAUGAGAAACCCUUGAUUUAUAAGUAGCGCAAACAGUGUCUGCUACAAGCUAGUUCAAAGAAGGGAUUUCGGAAUUAAAAGAUCUCUGGUAUAUGGAUUGUACUUAACUUAAAACACAGUGGCUUCCAAAAUGCUUUUAUCUUAGUUUUGCCUGAAAUGAUGUGUGAUGUAGUGCCCUAUUUAGCUUGCUUACAGAGGAAAUCUUGACGUUAAGUCUGCUUCUAUAUAUGGAAUCUUGAGGUAAAGCCUGAUUCUAUAAGGCAACUUGAGGUUAAGGGUGCUUCUUGAGGGAAACUUGGGGUUAAGCCUGUUAAUAAAGGAACACUAAGGGUUUAGCUUGCUAAGAAAGGAAAACUUGAGGUUAAGCCUUCUAAUAGAGGAAAAAUUAAUGUUAAGCCUUCAAAUAGAGGGAAACUUCAGGUUAUGCCUGCUUAUAGAGGGGGGACCUUGAGGUCAAGCUUUUUUUAAAAAAAACUUGAGGUUAAGCCUGCUUAUAGAGGGAAAGCUUAAGUAAAGCCUGCUAAUAGAGGAGGUCCCUUAAAGUUAAGCUUCUUAAAAUAACUUAAGGUUAAGUCUUCUUACAGAGGGAAAGCUUAAGUUAAGCCUGCUAAUAGAGGGGGAACCUAAAGGCUAAGCUUCUUAAAAAAACCUUAGGUUAAGCCUGCUCACAGAGGGAAAGCUUAAGUUAAGCCUGCUAAUAGAGGGAAACUGCAAGUGUGUGCUUUUUGUUGACAAACUAUGUUUUAAGCUUCAUUAAGUGUUGCAUAUGUGUAUUUUAAGUUACAAUUUCAUACUAUUUUUUAACUGACUUGAACAGAAAUAUGGAGAAAAAAAAAUAACUGAAAAACAGUUGUCAACUCUCUUUGACCCCCCCAGUGAAAAUAUCAAGAUUUAAUUGUAAUUUAAUACUUGUGAAAUUGUCUCUGAAAUGUCAUCUGUAGUUAUGAAGAAAAUAGAAUAAACUAUAUAGCUAUUAUUAUAUACUUGUACAUGUUAAACUCUGGUGAAAGAACUAUAUCAUAUUUUGUCGAAUUGAGUGUUUAUACACGCAUGUUUAAGUUUUGAAACAAUUUAUUUUGUUCAUUUUUUUACUCUUCUUUUAUAGUUUUUACUUAAAAAGCAUGCAUUUGCUUUAAUUUGUUUGAGUUUUUGGAUAAAGGUAUUGAUAGACAUUGUUGUGACAUUACCGUUUAUGCUUAUAAUUAUAUGAAUAUUUAUUUGGUUAACUUUGAUGAAAUUGACUUUGAAAAAUCCAGUGUAACUGACAUAUUUAUCUAAAUUAAAUAUUCCUGCAAUGCAAACAAAUAAUUGAUGAUAAUUUGCCAAAAAAAUCAUGGAAAUGAAAUUUUGAUUUUGCGUACAUUAUAAAUCAUGGUAAUCUGUUUGUAGAAAAAUAAUAUAUAUUAUUUUGGUUAAAACAACAAUACUAUGAGUGGGUUUACUUGUAUAAUAUCUGUUAUUUUUUAUGUUUUGUUAUCAAAUGCUGCUGAUGGUGUUGUGUUUAAUGCUGUGAAUUAAUGUUUUGGCAACAAAUGAACUUUUGACAAUUAUUUUUUUACCAUUUUUUUUUCCAAAUGUGAUUUAUAAAUAUUUCACAAUAAUCAUAAUAAUUACUAUAAUUAUUUUUUUUUCUUUGAAAUUAAAUGAUUAAACGCCUUUCAAAAAGGUUCACAUGUCAUGUAUUAAACACAAACAUUUAGGAUGCAUUCACUUUUUGAUCUUUUGUUGAUUUUAAAAGCAUUUGUUAUAAAAUCUGUAUUAUAGUGUAUAUAAUUGUUUGUUAUGAAAUUGUAGAUAGUUAAAUCAUAUUUCUAGUACAUAAUCGGAGUAGAACAUAUUUUUGUUACGUAUGAAAUGAUAGAACUAUCUCAUGAUCACAUUUAUCCAUGUCAAUUUUUCAUAACUUUCUCUUGUGAGGUCACAAUUAAAACAAUACUUAAUUUGGUCUUACCCGACUCACCUUUUUAGAAGUUGGUAUGAUGAUAGGUUUUUUUACAUCCUUACCCUUUUCCAUGUUGAACAAAAUUGAAUGUGUCCACCAGAAAACCUUAAACACUUGGGUUGCUGGACCAGGUGAUAGUCAUUUUCGACAACAUUCAUAUUACAUCUAUUACAUAUUUCUAUAUCUUCCUUCUUUAAUAUUAAGGUUAUGUGCCGAACAUCUCAAUUUAGUACAAAAAGAAGAAACGUUCGCCAGAGAGACUAAAGUCUUUAGGGUUGCUUGUAUUUGCGUGAGAUGGUCGGGUGAGGUCAAACAAACAAUUGAUUAUUUGUGGCCUGAAUGAGACAUUUUGUAUAUUCAAUAAGGUGGGAGAAAAAAUAGUGACCCAUUAGAGCAUGUUUGAUUGAAAGACAAAACUUUUACUUCGUAAUUGUUAACUUAAAUUUUGAACGUGAAACAUAUUUUGAUGGGUAUAAUUUAUUCAAACAAGUACAGCUGAAACUCUUUCCUAAAAUCUUUAAAGUUUACAAUGAUAACCUAAACAACUUUGUUAAAUUAAACAAAUUUCUAAGCAAUCGGCCCAUUAUGUCAAUUUGAUAUAGUUCAUGGAUGCUUUGUCAAUGAAUUGUCAUGUUGAAUUUUUGUCCAGCAGUGUUAAGUCAUAAAUGGUUUUGGUUGUGUUUACAUAAUACUAUCCCUUUGUACUUUGGUUUUAUCUGUGUAACACGUGAAUGUUGGGAUUACUUUUUAAAUGGGAUUGUCAAGUAUAUAAGGUGAACAUCAACAAUUAUAUUUUUAUGUGUAAUGUAAACAUACUGCUUUAAACUAUGGUAAAUAGUUACUUUGCAGUUCAAACAAGAGUUUUGAUGCUUUAAAAAUAUUCGAAAAUAUGUCAGAGAAUAAUAAAAAAUAAUGUUAGUCACUCUAUUAAAAUUUGGAUCAGUAACAUUAUUAGACAUUGGAUUAAUGCAAACUGGAAUUUAUGAAUUGACUAUCUAUUUGUAUUUUUUGACAUUGUACUUAAUAAAAUGACAAUAUUUGAAUACAUUUUAAAAGCAAAUGUGGAAAACUUGGAAGUCUUCGAGAGAAUUUCUGAAAGGUUUUGUGCAAGAAACUGCUUAGCAAGUGUUGUUUAUUUAUUGGCUGAGAUGAAAAACAUUUUUUUUACCCUAAUCAUGCAUCAUCAUUUGUGUUGAACAUUUCUGGUGUUAAGAAAGAUUUGUGUUUGUGUAAAUGUAUGAGCACAGUUAUAUAUCAUCACUUCUGUAUUUAGUAUGUAAUAUCAUUAAUUCAUCUAAAUCUUUGCCAUAAAAUCCUUACAAAAUCAGCAAAUAUACCAAACAAAAGUAACCUGCUGCUGUAAUAUCCGUGCAUCUCUAAGCAUAUAAAACUUGUUAUUGGUACCAAUCAAUCAUUUUGGAUUUCAUUUUCUUGUUUUGCACAGUAAUGUAUUUCUGGAUGAUAUCGGCAUUACAAAAAAGUUUGUUUCUGGUUGCCCGGCCAACUUAAUUUCUUUUAACUGAUCCAAAAUUUAAUUACUUCUACAGGACAAAUUGUUACUGGCCAUAAUUUGUUUCUCCUUAUGGGUAUUUUUUUAGGUAUUUCUCAUUUGUACAGGCAAGACAUGUCAACAUACUGUUUUUAUAGAGCACUCCAAGUUAACAAUUGACCCAGUUUAAAUGGAGAUUUUAAAAGUGUUUCAAAAUAUUAUACACAGACACAGCCGUACCUAAAUUGAGAAUGUCUCGACCUACUGACCUAAUUUUUUUUUUUGGGGGGGGGGAUCAGAAACAAUAUAAUUAGCUGAUAAGCCCUGCCCUCAAUUUGUCAAAGUUUACGUGCUUAAGUAGCUUUUUACAAUUAGCCAAAAUACAUACUGAAAUUAGAUUUUGGUAAACGAAAAAAUGGUUGAUAGUGAUCAUAAAAAUGUUUUCAAAUUAAAGUCUAACUAAGUAAACAUAACACAAAUUUAGAAAAAUGAAAAUAGUGAGCUUAGCUUAAUUUUGUUAUAAGUGACUAAGUAGUUUUGAGAAAUUGAUUCCUUUGUGAUUAAUAUUAUUAAUUAUUGAGUGUGGAUAUUAUCCGAUAUGAUCUUCAUUUCAAUUCAUUUCAAAUAUACAUACUGGCAUGCAUUUUCCCAUCCCGGAAAUCAUUAUGGUUGAGCUUUUUUACAUGCAAGUUUCCCGGAAAUAGAAUCGAGUUAUGGAUUAAAUCUUUAAUGUUUUAUCAAGGAAUAAUAAUUGAUCUGAAGACCAGCCUUUGAGAAGGGGGUUUACUUCAGGAAAAGUCUGAUAACUGAACAGAAGGAUGUUUUGAAAAUUUUAAACAACAAGAAUGAUACUUUUUAUAUAUUUUAUAUGAUGUGUAGAACUCAUUUGAUAGUUUAGGAAAAUGUAUUUUGACAAUCUUUUAUGAUUUAUAUACAGUCAUGUUUAAGAAGUUGGCAAGAAUGAUUUUAUUGAAUUUUUAUUAUGAAAUGGAGACUAGACAUGUACUUGCUUUAAUCAUCUUUAUCAUAUGUCAUCAUCAUUAUUAAGUCACCUUUACUUCCAUUUUCAUCCCCAUCAUCACCACCACCACCAUCAUCAUUAUCAUCACUGUGUAUAUAACCUAUAGUGUUUUUAUAAAUGUAUCUAAUAUACUAGAUGGUAACAUUUUAUCACAUAUUAAGCCCAUAUAUUGAGGGAAUAAUAUGAAGUAUUUUGUAUUUCCUCUGAUUUUAACAUGAAAAUAAAUGAUAAUCAUGCUGAUAA